GUCUAUACGACUAGACUUUGAACGGAUCGGAGCCCGCGCCCAUGUUAUGUGUAUGUUGAGGAAACCAAUGAAAAUGACCCAGAAGCGCAAUUCCAAGGUAACCCUUCCGAACCUCUCAUUAGCCGAAGCCCAUCACAAAGCUGACAAAUUUUCUCUGAGUGACCUGCACCGUCAGACCAAUGCUGCUGCCAAACAGGCCAUCCUCUAUGAGCUCCACUCAUCGAUGCAGCUUCGAGCAGAGAGGAUUCGUCUCCAUCGGAAAGGUUCCUCAGAUACUCAUCAUGAUGAUGGUGAUGACGAUCUCAAAGAAGCUGCUGAAAGGGAGCCAGUAACGCAGGUCCCCUCCCGAUAUCAAACCAAACAUGUGACUUUUGGUGAAGCACAUUUAGAACCAAGACUCCAAUCCCGAAUCCCUGUUCCAGUUCGUCAUGACCCAAACCAAAGGUCAAGAAGUCACAAGGUCUCCAAUGUAAAGGAGCAGGAUGGUAGAAGCAGGGUUGCACAAAAUGUCAGAAGGAGAGGUGAUGGUGACAAUAAGCAUCAUGGGAACCAAACUGUAAACUUUGAGUAUACGUGGGGACAAAGAGGAAGGUUGAAUGAACUCAGAAUCAGGUUUCUUGCAAGGAAGUAUUUCAAGGUGUGGAGGAGGAAUGCUUGCACUGGUGUCAGACCAUCAAUUAUCAGGGAGCAUUACAACUCACGGCUUCUGCGGAAGAUGUUUGACGAGUGGAGAGAAUUCUGGUGGACACAGCGCAGAGAAUGGACCCUAAUGAUAAGAGCUGAGUAUCAUCAUAGAUACAAGAUUUACCAACAUGUAUGGAUGUGUUGGAGAGCAUUUGUUGUGAGAGAAAAAGUGAAGAAUGCCAAGAAAGAAAUCUCAAGCAUCCAUGCCUCAAGUACAUUGCUACUCAAGGCCAUGUUAGCAUGGAAGCACUAUGUCACAUUGAGGAGAGCAAAGAGAGUACUGAAGCAGAAAGCUGAGAAGGUUCAUCAGAGACAUGCACUGCAAUUCUGUUGGAAUGAAUGGAGGGCUGCCUUGCAGCAGCGCAGGGAGGAGAAUGAUGCUGACGUGUAUGCCUUGCAGUACUGGGCUGAGAGUCUCAUCCAGAGGGCAUGGAAUGCCUGGAGAAGAAGAUGGUUAGAGAAACAGGAGAUGAAGGAGAAAGAGAGGCAAGCUCAGCAUCACUACGAAAAGACACUGGUAUCAAGAUGUUAUCACCAAGGCCUGAUACCAUACACUCAUCAUAGGAAAGAGAAAAGGAGGAUCAAUGCACAAGCUUACCAGGUGUAUUCCCACAGACUAUUAACCCAAUCGUGGCAGCAUUGGAAUCAGAGAUGGUUUACCCGUCGAUCCUUAGCACAGCGCCAAGAACAGGUUGAUCGUCUUGGAAACAGAGCCAGGAUGAGGAGACUCCUCACUCAUUGGAGAUUCUAUAUUCAUCAAGUGCAUAUUGAGAGGAGACAAGAAGAUAUAGCAAGGAUACAUCAUAACACACAACUGAAGAAACUGGGUCUGUUAAUGCUGAGACUUGCUGUUGUUCAGAGGAGAGUGAAAGAAAGAAGAACAGAACAAGCAAUAGAAUUGCACCAAGAGAUGUUGGUGAAACGUUGUUGGAAUCAAUGGAUCCUGCAGUGUGAACACAGAGAAGAGCUUAGACUCUUUGCAGCUACAAGGAAAGCAAGACAAAUGCACAGGAAACACCUUUUGACUGCAGUAUUUCAGCAAUGGUGCCACUACACAGUAUGGAGAAGACAUCGCAAGGCUCAGUAUGCCAGGGCAGAUGCUCACUAUGCUAGGAGCAACCUGCUUCCUAAGUGUAUCCAGAGACUUAGAGACAAUGCUGAAUUAGAGAAGAAGAAGAGGGCACUCCAUGCACAGGCUAUGGAAUUCUACAGGGAAGGUCAGCUUGGUAGAUGUUUCUAUCGUUGGUGUCAAUCAUUUCAGUUGAGUCAAGAUGUUAGGAUGAUGGAGAGAAUGGUAUGUACAUGUACAGUACGUGUAGGUACUAAGGUAGUUCAAGUGUAUUCCAAGUGUGGACCAUGUUCCAUUCGCUUUUGUUCUCUCAUGAAUGAUGUAUGAGAUAAUUCUAAUUGGUCCUUGCAUGCUGGCAUUGCUCAUAAUAGUAAUAGGCAUUCAUAUGGCACCAUCUAUCUGAAAUAUUCUAUUCUGACGCACACAAGAGAAAAGACAUAAUUAGAGAGAUUGGAUGAGUGUCUUACAGCAAGUUUCUACAGAGAAUCGUUAAAAACGGUUCAUCUUUUCCGGAAUCGAAAAAUGGUAUUGCCCUUAAACCAACCUGUUUGUACAGAGCGAAGAUUCUGAUUAAACCACAUUCUGCGUUGCAAAUGAAUGGAUUAACUCUGCAAUAACCACCUCCCAGAGGUGGUUAUGAAAAACCGUAUUUUGUGCAAUGCGGUUCAUCAGUAAACCGCAUCGCAUCUGUUUCUACAGGGAAGUUUUCUGGAAUUCUAGAUUUUUACGCAGGUAAUACCGUUUAACGAUUCUCUGUAGAAACACGCCAUUAGUGUCAAGAACUGAUACUGUUACAAAAGAUAAAAUUUCAGUUUAGAUUUGAGAGUCUCUCAUGAUGAUAUGAUACCUGCCAAGUGUUUCUAUUAAAUACGAACAUUCCUAUUUUGGGAAAAAGAAAAUGGCCAUAGUGAUUUUAACCAGUUCGUUCUUAAUUGAAAAAUUGUCUGCUAUAAGGACAUUCCCAUUUCUGAAUUUUUCAAUGACUUUAAUCAAUGGGGAUGGGCAGGAAGAAAUUUCUCAAAUGCCAGAGCGCCUGUAGGCAGCACGGCCAUAGCCGGGGUAAUAAUAAUAAUAACAUUAUUGUAAUGCGCAGUUGAGUAUAUACAUAUAGAAAUUGUGCAAUAUAAAUGUACAAUUAUUGUUUAUGUCGUAGUCACACCAAGAAAACAAACUCGUAACUGACCAAUGGGAAAUGCAUGUCAAUGAAAUAAUUCAAUAGCUGUGUUUGGUUAAUGUAACUGCUAUAUAAUUCUGCUUCCUAUUCAGGCAAUGAAAUAUACAUGUACUCCAGUGUUACAAGUAGGGGUUGAGGCUUUGAUGGAUUGAAAUCAGUGUGUUCUGUGUUAUACAAUCAGUGAUCUUCAUCAAGUUUGAGGAUAUUUUUGAUUUUUUUUACUGAGGUAAUUUAAAGUGUUAAAUAGGGAACAUUUCAUCAACAUUUGUUUUUGGUUUUGAUUAGCUUAGAAGCACAGGUGUCUGACUGUUACUACAGGACAAAACCAUGAAAUGAUAUAAAAAGGUGUUUUUGUUUUAUAUGCCUGAACCUGCUUUUUUUUUAUUUUUUUCUUUCCUUUCUUACUCCUCUUCAUAAACUACACCCUUCCAUAUGAAUUAGAAAACAUAGACAAAUCAUUUUAGGAAGGUCCCCAAUAUAGGGGUCAGGUACAUUAUAUAUAUAUAUACAUUAUGGAAAUUUCACUCUUUUAAACUGUCUCAUAAAACAGAUUUUGUUGGAUCAUUUGGAUGAGCCUGUAUACAUCUCAAUGGAUUAUUUUUACAAAUACAUUGCAUUAAUAAUAACAGCCUCUUUUAAGACUAUUACUUGAAACAGUUGUAAAUUGGAUUUGACAAUUUAAAGCACUGUCAAGUUUUUAGGAAAUGAUUCACAAUUCUACUAAAAUGAAUACCUUUGCAAUUAAAAAGCAAUAUAAAUACAGUGUUGCUGUAAUCACAGCGGCUGGAACAGAGAGAAGCAUCAAUGUGUGCUGAUCUUUCUUCGUGCUAAGUACUACCUACAUCCUAGCCAAGAUAUAUUGGCUUUGACUUUGGCUGUAAUUACAGCACAUUUUGGCCCCAAAAUAUAGCUGACUAUGGCUGUAAUUACAGCGUAUUGCAGUUCCCUCCAAUUUGGCUGUAAUUCCAGCGCAUUGUUGCCUACUCUGAUUUGGCUGAAAUUACAGCGCAUUUCUGGCCAAAAAAAUAACUGACUUGGGCUGUAAUUACAGCAGAUUGUAGCAUAAGAAUAUGCAGGACUAGAUCUACUAUGAUCUUGCUGAAAUUACAGCGCAUUCUGGUCCAAAAAAUAUAACUGACUUUGGCUGUAAUUACAGCAGAUUCUAGCUUAUUCUGAUUUGGCUGAAAUUACAGCGCAUUUCUAGCCCAAAAAAUAUAACUGACUUGGGCUGUAAUUACAGCAUAUAGGAGCCUAAGAAUAUGCUGCCUUAUAGAUCUACUCUGAUUUGGCUGAAAUUACAGCGCAUUUCCGGCCAAAAAAUAUAACUGACUUUCCUGUAUUUAAGAAUAUGCAGGCCUAUCCGGGAGGCCUAUUGAAGCAAUUAUUGUAGACUAAAAAUACAUCCACUGACUUUGGAUGUAAUUACAGCAUGAUUGCCAGGAGUGGAUCCAGGAUUUUCCAAAGGGGGGGGGGGGGAUUUUCAGAGGAACAGGUAAAACAGGGGGAACAUCUCUGUUUCCAUGGCAUUUUUACAUUACAAAUUUUAAAUUUUGCUUCAAAGGGGGGGGGGGGGGCUGGAUCUGUGUCAGAUGAUUGUAGUGUUGUGAGCUGGAAUCAUCAGAUAGUAUUAGAAGGCAUCUAAACAAUAAUUAUAUUAACUGAAAUAUGUGUAUGUAGUACAGCAUGAAAGGAUCUACAACAAGAGGGAUACACGAAGGUACGUGAUAAUUAACUAAUUAUUUAUUAUUGCAUUCACCAUAUUCCUGGUUUCAUUAUUUGUUCACAUCGUAAGCAAGAAGCCAAAAACAUAGAUGAUAAUAAAACUAUUUACUCAAAGCUCAUAAAACCUUUGGGUACACAUUGACCUAACUUUGGAAAUACAAAACAAGAGAGAGGU